CCUGCUCUAUAUACACAUCAUACACAUCUAUAGAUGCAUCUAUAGUAUAUUACAAAUUUCUAUGGCGAUUGGCAAUGCAUACAAGUUAAAUUACUUUUACCAGCUUUUUCGUUAGUUUUAACUGGUUUUAACGUAUAAAUUAUUAUUACCUACACCUACAUAUAAAAGAUCAUAAAUUAAUAAUCUCUGAUAUUAUGAUAAAGUGUAAUGAAGGUAUCAACAUUUUAAAUGAAGAUCUUAAAAAAAUAAGCAUUGAAACUAAAGUUUCCAAAAAAACUGUAAUAAAAAAGUAUACUGGGUCAAAAACAGUCAAAACUGGUAGUAGAAAGAAAAGGAGCAGGAAAGCAUAUUUUAAAUCUUUGAAAAAACGAAGAUCUCGAAAAAGAACUGAUAAAUUGUCCACUGGUGUACAAGAAUGUACUGUUGUUGAUAUGGAAAUGGUACCAGUUGGUGAAGCAAACAAUUUACAAAAAGAUAUUAUAGAAUGGCAUCAACAGGAUACAUUAUCAUAUUGGAAAUCUAGAGCUAUUAGCUUGGAAAUUGAGAAUAGGAUGCUACAUGAACAUUUAAGAAAUGUGUAUGCCCAACAACUGGAUUAUGGAAACAAUGUAUUAGUGCAGAAUACUAAAACAGGGACAUUGCAAAACUAUUGCACACAGUCUCUUUCAACAAAGGAGUAUUUAGAUAGUAACACAGAACCUAUAGACAAAAACAAACAUUUGUAUAAGAAUGAUAAGUUAGAAGGCUUAAAACAAGGUGAGAGUGUUAAAAUAAGCAAUAAAGUACCUGAAGGACAACAUCGACUAAAUAAGAUGAAAAGUAUUUAUGGGAACAACGCUCCAAAAAUUAUGGGUAUGGAGACUGCAAUACAAUUAAAUUUUGAACAUUUAAAAGAAGGUUCAUAUUCCAGUUGGCCAAAUAUACCAUUAAAAAUUUAAGUUUUUAAUAACAUUGUUUUUGUAUACCCAGAGAUUGGAUACCCUGAUACCCUAAGUGCAAUAGAUAAAUAGUGCACUUGUUUAUAGAGAAGUUAAAAUAUAAACCGGCUGGUUUUGAUAUGGAUUUGAUAAGCUUUGAUGUGUUUGAGCCAUGUUUACAUAGGACAUGUUUUCGGUGGGUGAAUCUAAGUGCAAAUUGUGCAAUUUUUUUUCAGUGGUAUAUUUCGAUCCCAGAAACACGUCUAUAGCGGGCCUGAGCGGGCCUCACACGAUCAGUAUAUUGACACAUUGACAGUAUUUCCAAAAACUGUCGGUAAUAUUGACUGUGUGGCAAAAAUACUGAUGGGACUGUCAGUAUACUGAUAUACUUUGGCAAUCCUGAAAGUAUAUAUUUUUUGAAUACUGACAAUAUCCUGGCAAUGUGUUCAGGGAACACAGCGGCUGACUGACCGCUGAGAAUUUUGCUCAGCGGCUGACCGAUUUUGUGUGUAAAAAUAGACCGUUUAGGAAAGUCGCUUACUCAGCCGCUGACGGCACUGACCGUCCCCGAACAACAUAAUACUGAUCGUGUGAGGCCCGCUUAUGAGUCUUUGUACGCAUUCAGGGACGGUCAGCGGCUGAGUGGCUGAGUAAAGCGGUUUCCUAAACGCUCUCUUACAUACAAAAACAGCCGCUGAGCAAAAGUCUCUGCGAUCAGUCAGCCGCUGUGUUCCCUGAACGCGCCCUUUUUUUACAAAAAAAAAUUAAGUUAUAAAAAUUUUUUGGAUUUUCCGAAAAAGG